UUCAUACUCUAUUGGUAUAAAGAAGUCAUAAUGCUAUCGACUUUAUAUUUAAUGGUAUAUUCGGUAGCCGUCGAAAUGUCUGGGGAAAUUCAUAAUCGUAUUGAAGAAUUACCACAAAAUUUUUCAAAUCAAAAAACUAUCAGUGACGACGAUUUAACAGACAAAGAAAAUAGAGAUGAAUCGAAAACACGAAUUCAGUCUUUAUCCUGUGAAAUCUGUAAAGUUAAGGUAACCAGUUCAAAAAUAUUUCAAAGGCAUCUUGAUGGAAGAAAACAUAAAUUAAGGGCGGAACGCCAAGGAAAGAUCUUUAAAUGUGAGCUUUGUGAUAUUAUAGCCAAUAGCGAAAUUCAAUUAGAAAUACACCUUCGAAGUGCACGACAUAAAGCGAAAUUACAUAAAAAGGAACAUCCUCAUUUUAGUUUAUUCGCUUCGUAUACUUCUAAGACAUCUAUUCUAAUGUUUUUCUGUUUUAUUUGUAUAAUUUUAAAUUUAUUCUUGUUAUUUAAAUAGAAUAUUUUAUUGUAAUUUAAAUCACCAGUUAUUCGUUGUGUAAAAGUAAAAAAAAUGUAAUAACUUGAAAGUUUUUUUUUGGUGUCGAGUGUUAUAUGUUACCUAAAAUGUAUAUCCAUGCAUAUUUGUACUUUAUAUGAAAAAGAUUAUCGUAAAUAUGCAUACUUAUUAAAUGAAUGUAAUAAUGCUUUUAUAGCAUUUAAUACUGGAUAAUUAAAUGUUGAUAAACAUUAUUUACAUUACUUUAUUAUGUAGGUAUAUUAUAUAUGAUUUAGAACUUAUUAGAUCAUUAUAAUAGUCUAAUAAUAGUUUUUAGAUAGAUAGAUACUAACUUUUGUAACACAUUAUGUUUCAGUUGACGUUUACAUAUUAUAUAAACUCUAUUUGUAUAAAACCGCAGUAGCUACUGUGAAUUUUUCCGUUUUUUCAUUACCUCUAUAUUACUUCACUACAUUUUUUGAUUAAUUGUAACCUGCUCACAAAAAAAAAGAAAUAAAAUCAAAUUACGUAAUUAGAAAA